GUGAACAGAAAAAGAAAGCGAAAUGAAGAGGAAGAAGAAUCAUUAAGGGCGCCCAAGAAGACUAAAGGACUUCUAGGACUUGUGCCGAACAAUGACACAGGAUCCUCCUCAAACAAAUCCUGUCGCAACAACAUGAAAAGUUGCAAACCAUCUGAGGAGGAUGCAAAGAGGACCAAUACGACCAAGAGGAAAGCCACUUCUCAUCAUCAGAGACCUGCAAAAAGGCCAAGGCUUUCUGAUGUAGCUGGACCAUCGCCAAUCUCACAAGACAAAGUCAAAAAAGUGAGCAGGAAAAGAAAACGAAAUGAAGAUGACGAUGAAGAACUAUCACGGUCACCCAAGAAGACAAAAGGACUUCUAGGCCCUACCCUGACCAAUGAAGAUAGUAAGACAGCCAUUUCUUCAAAGGACAGGGCACAAACCAAAAGAGAUGAAUUCGAGGCAAAAUAUCAACAGGAGAAUCCUCUAGGGGAAGGAGGCUAUGGAUCAGUGUUUGCUGGCUACCGGAAAGCAGAUAAUUUACCAGUGGCGAUCAAAUAUGUGAAAAAAAUCAUUUUCUUCGAAUAUACUGACGAUGGCGAGGAAAUGCCUGCGGAAGUGGCUGUCAUGCUAAGACUGCAAGCUAGAACAGACAACUCUGUGGGGAAGUCAGCCCCAGUAACCCUGCUGGACUGGUAUGAACUGGAGGGACAGCUGGUUCUUGUGCUGGAGAGACCAGAGUCUGCCGUCAGUCUGUCUGACUAUGUUUCAGAUCAUGGAGGUGCACUAGAAGAGGCCACCGCAAAAGUUAUACUACAACAGCUGGUUGAUGCAGCAAUAUACCUCCAGAAGAACUGCAUUUUCCACAGAGACAUCAAAUUAGAAAACAUCCUCAUUGAGACAGAUUCAGAAAAACCACAACUUCGUCUCAUUGACUUUGGUUUGAGCUGUUUCUACGACGAAAACACAGAGUUUGAUGUAUGUUGUGGCAUCCUGUCUCAAUUCCCUCCAGAGGUAUUGAACAUGGAUAAUUACAGCGCCGGACCCGGAACAGUGUGGCAGAUAGGGGUGGUCCUGUAUGAAAUGCUGCACACCAUGAACUUCGUAUCCACCUCCUUCAUCCAAAAUAAAUUGAGGAUCAGAAAAAAGCUUUCAAAAAGAGGCCAAGAUUUUCUGAAGAAGUGCUUAGCAGAAGACCCCAUGAAACGUCCCACUCUGGAGGAUCUUCAAAGCCACCAGUGGCUCAGGUAUGACACACAUGACUAACUUUUGUUUUCUCUCUUUUUCUUUCCAGCAGGUAUCCCUGGUGUCAUGUUUGGUGCUUGUCGACAUCCUUUCCUGU